CGGAAAUUAGUGUUGGAUAGAAACCUUGUACUUUUGCUAAUUGUAUAACAUAUGCAGUGCACCAAAUGCCACAGACUUACUGAUAUUGUGAUGUGUCAGUGAUACGAUUUGAUGGUUCUACCCGCGUCGAUGUGGCGACCAGCGCAUUCUAUCCGGCAGCUCAAUGACAGCGCCGGUCUUUGUACUCCUCAGUCUGGCUUUUAUUUGUACCAAAGCCGGCGCCACGGACGUAACAGCUGAUUAUGGGACAUAUAACACACACAUAAAUACAAACAAUAACACAAAAGCAAGGACCAAUAGCGUUAAAGAUAAAGUCAAUUUUGUUACACCAACUAUGGUUGCUUUAGAUAAGGGAAAUAAUUUAAGAGUAUUUAAUGAAACGACUUUGAGGGGAUUUAAUAGAAAAUUUAAUGAUACUAGUUUAACAGUUAAUAGAAGAGUGAAAAGGAAUGGUGAUGAUGAUAGAUGUGCAGCUUUCAAAUUUGUUGAUAAUGAUCAAGUAGACAUAUGGCAUCCACAUCCGAAAGAUAAUCCGAGCAAUUCUAAUUAUUAUAGGAAAAUUGAUUGUGUCACUGUUAUAAAUGGUUCAGAGGGUACCAUUCUAGAAUUAACAUUUGUAGACAUAUUCCGUAUAGAAGACCAUCCUGAUUGUGACUACGAUUAUUUAGAGAUACGCGACGGUCUUCGAGGCUACGCACCACUAUUGGGGGGCAAGAAAAUCUGCGGCCAGCAGUUCCCCAGGCCAAUCCACACGACUGGGCCGUAUGCAUGGUUGAAAUUCCAUUCAGAUGACACCAUUGAAUAUGAGGGGUUCCAUAUCAAAAUCGCUGUGAAACCAGUGUCUAAAAACCAUGUUAUACCAGAAAGUUGUCACUUCAUGCUUAGCGGUACCGAUGGAAUCCUCGACAUAAAGACGAUUGAACAAAAGUGUAAAGAUGACAGUGAGAAUCAGGAACUGGACGUGCUGUGGACUAUAGAAGCUGAGCCGAACCAUAAGAUAUAUCUGAAUUUCACGCUGUUCGAGUUGGCUAAACCCAAUGCCUGCGAAGACAAUGUCGUCCAAGUAUUCGGUUCGGUCAUUGAGUUUGACGCUAAACUGGCUCAUUACUGUGGCUCCAUUGCCAACUCUGUCACAACCAAAACGGAUACCACUAAAACUCCUAAUGACGAAGGCAACGUCAUGCACGUACGUUUGUAUGCGUCCAAAUCUGCUAAAGACGAGACCAAAUUCACUGCUCACUACACUGUUUUUAGGACUUUAGAUUCUACCAAUGAAAAUGACAAAUGCGACGAAGACGAAGAAUUCGACUGUCAAGACAGCACGUGCAUAGCAGCAGAUUUGAAAUGCAAUUCUUAUGCGAACUGCCGGCUGAAAGCUGAUGAAGAAGCUGAUCUUUGUAAGGGUGAAACCGAAUCAAUAAUCAGUCAAACACACAUCCUGGUGAUCCUAGUUAUAUUCUCCCUGAUAUUAUCCGGGAUGACCUUCGUGUUCCUGUUCAAAUGCAUCAGGAAACUAUACCAGGACCAUAAACUUAUUAAAGCUCAUAUACAACAAUCCUGUGAAGACGGUCUGGACAACUUAGCCAAAAGACGAUUGACGCUGGACGCCAUGAGCCUGGAAAGAGACAGUGAGCCCAGGGCCAGUUUAGAGAGGGAGAACCAUACAAAUGAGAUGGUGAAGAAGCAGAGGAGUUUCUCCAAACAUAAGCAAAGCAGCAUUGACGAAUCAGACUUCAUUCAAGAAACUCAUUUAGACCUUGACGAUGAACCGUGGAGACGAGACGUGAACAGCGUCCCUGACGCAGACAACGUGAAAGUCGAACGCAACGGUAGAACGAGACGGAGCGACUUUAGCAAAAAGGAGGAGUCUAUCAGGAAAAGAGACAGCGAAGAGAGAAGAGACGAGAGAAAGGACAAGAGGGAGAUAAGAGAUGCAUCGGUUGGUGCGCCUGAUACUAAGGAGUCUGGAUGUCAAACUAGAGAGAGUCUGUUCCAGACUGACCCGCCCCCUAGUUCUGAUGGCUCGGGCAGCAACAGCCGGGGUUUCUCAACGUUCGGGUACUCCGGCGCAACGAUCGCUAGGCCUUCGCCCCCGCCACAGACGGCCACUUCUGAAAUCACUAUAGAAUUACUGAGCCAAGUGACGCCUCAGGCCCCUAGCAAAACGUUGAAGAAAAUUCCUGACCGGCGACCGAUGAGCACGGAAACUACGAGAUCUGCCCCUGACGUCAUCAUUGUGUCCAAACCGAUUCGCUGAGGGUGACCCCUGGGGCCCGCGCCUUGGGCCCCGACCCCUCCGGACUUCUGGGACCCGACGGAGCCCAGAACAUGUCCGGAAGGGUCCCACCAACCCCACUGUUACUACGAAAUGUCAAAGAGCACCUCUUUCGACUACAACGGGUAUUACAGCCAAUACUUUGGCGAAGGACCAAAAAUUAUUUACGAUUAUUGUUUAAAAAGUGAUUUCAAGUCGAAAACGCUGCCGAGGAAUCUUGGCUCGUCUGUGGAGUUGAAGCCCAAAGUGUACCCUCAAAGGACUGUGUGUUUUUAUGGAGUUGAUGACUCUCCUUGUAGGAGACAUAAAACUUUUGUCGUAAAGGCUGACAUAGAAGCCCCCAGAUAACGAAUGUUUGAUUUUUGAAAUGUUUAUAGUGUUGUUAGCGAUACGUUAAGGCCUAAUUCUUCAGAUUGUAGGCAUAUGUCGGAUUUUUUUAAAUUUUUAUCUAAUGUCAUGCUCAUAUUUUAUUUUUUUUAUUU